AUGGAGUCUCCGGUCUCUACGCCUGCGGUGCUGCCCUUGCACCUCCUUGUCCCUGUCGUCAACAACGACAUCUCGUCGCCUUGCGAGCAGAUCAUGGUACGCACCCGCUCGGUGGGAGUGAACACUUGUGACGUGGCCCUGGCCACCGAGCCCGAGUGCCUGGGCCCCUGCGAGCCCGGGACCAGCGUGAACCUGGAGGGCAUCGUCUGGCAAGAGACGGAGGACGGUAUGCUGGUGGUCAACGUCACAUGGAGGAACAAGACGUACGUGGGGACGCUGCUCGACUGCACGCAGCACGACUGGGCGCCUCCCCGGUUUUGCGACUCUCCCACCAGCGACCUGGAGAUGCGCAAUGGCCGAGGCAGGGGUAAACGCAUGCGCCCCAACAGCAACACGCCCGUCAAUGAGACGGCCGCCGCCUCGGACAGCAAAGGGACCAGCAACAGCAGCAAGACCCGGGCGGGAGCCAACAGCAAAGGGCGCCGGGGAAGCCAGAACUCCUCGGACCACCGCACGCCGCCCGGCGGCACGGCGGAGGAUGUGAGGGUGGAGCCGGCUGUCCUCGACCGAAACUGCCCUUCUCCCAUCCUCAUCGACUGUCCCCACCCAAACUGUAAUAAGAAGUACAAGCACAUCAACGGGCUGAAGUACCACCAGGCCCACGCGCACACUGAUGACGACAGCAAGCUGGAGGCGGACAUGGACAGCGAGUAUGGCGAGGAGCCCUCCCUGCAUGCGGACAUCGGGAGCUGCAAUGGCGCUGCUGUCUCUCAGAAGGGCUCGCUCUCGCCGGCUCGCUCGGCCACCCCCAAGGUGCGCUUGAUGGAGCCCCACAGUCCCUCCCCGUCCAGCAAGUUCAGCGCCAAGGUCCCCUGCAAGAAGAAGCUGGGUGGGGAAGGAGACACCGACCCGGGCGCCCUGUCCAAUGACGGCUCUGAGGAUGGUCCCUCGGUGGCCGAUGAGACGAGUAACGAUGGCUUUGACUCUCUGGAGAAGCGAUGUGUUGAUAAGGACAAGUCAAAGAAGGCAUGUGGUGCUAAGCCGGAAAAGAUCCCUUCCAAAAGCUUGAAGUCCGCCAGACCCAUUGCGCCUGCCAUUCCCCCCCAGCCGAUUUACACCUUCCAGACAGCCACCCUCACCACAGCCAGCCCCGGUUCCUCCACGGGCCUCGCUACCACCGUGGUCCAGACCAUGCCCAACAGCCCUCAGCUCAAACCCAUCCAGCCCAAGCCUACGGUGAUGGGAGAGCCCUUCACGGUCAACCCUGCCCUCACCCCUUCCAAGGAGAAGAAGAAGAAGGACAAGAAGAAGAAGGAGCCCAAGGAGGUAGAAAACCCUCUGACUCCUGGCAAAGCCUGCAGAGCAGAGGAAGGCAAGAGCCCUUUCCGGGGGGAAUCCAGCGACCUGGGGACGAAAGGCGAGGAUAAAAUCUACAGCUUCACCGACAACGCCCCGAGCCCCUCCAUCGGUGGUGCCAGCAGGCUGGAGAACACCAACCCAGCCCAACCCAUGACCCCGCUGCAUGUCGUCACCCAGAACGGGGCAGAGGCGAGCUCGGUGAAGACCAACAGCCCGGCUUACUCGGACAUCUCUGACGCCGGGGAGGAUGGGGAGGGCAAGCUGGAGAGCGUGAAGGCGAAGGAUCCGGAGCAACUGGUCAAGGAAGGCGCCAAAAAAGCUCUUUUCCCCCCGCAACCGCAGAGCAAAGAGUCUCCCUAUUACCAAGGCUUUGAAACCUACUAUUCCCCUGGCUACCCCCAGGCAAGCCCGGGGCCCUUGAACCCCGGCGGCCAGGCCGCGGCCGAGACACAGGCCUUGAAGCUGAAGAAGGACGAGGAGCAGGAGAACCCGGAGGUGAAGGUGAAGAGUGAAGGCUGCGAAGAGAAGAAGGCAGAGCUCGGCGGCUCCAGCCAGCAGCCCUCAGUCAUCCAGCAGCGUCCCAACAUGUACAUGCAGUCCCUCUACUACAACCAGUACGCCUACGUGCCCCCCUACGGCUACAAUGAGCAGGGCUACCACGCUCACCUGCUGAGCACCAACCCUGCCUACCGCCAGCAGUACGAGGAGCAGCAGAAGCAGCGGCAGAGCCUGGAGCAGCAGCAGCAGCGAGGGCUGGAGAAGAAAGCAGAGCUAGGCUUGAAGGAGAGGGAGGCAGCGCUCAAAGAGGAGUGGAAACAAAAGCCGCCCAUGCCCCCAACGCUCACCAAGGCCCCGAGCCUCACGGACCUCGUCAAGUCGGGGCUGGGCAAGGCCAAGGAGCAGGGAGGUCCCGACAUGGCCAAAUCUGUCAUCAUCCCCAAGCUGGAGGACUCGUCCAAGCUGUCUGGCAGCCAGGUCGCCGAGGGGCUCAAGGUGAAACUGAGCGAGGCCAGCCACCUCGGGAAGGAGACCGCCGAGGUGAAGGCUGGCUCUGAGUGUGGCCGGCAAGCGGAGGUGGACCCUGUGCUCUGGUACAGACAGGAGGCCGAGCCCCGGAUGUGGACCUACGUGUACCUAGCGAAGUACUCGGACAUCAAGACAGAGGACGAGCGGUGGAAAGAGGAGAGGGACCGAAAGUUGAAGGAAGAAAGAAAUCGAAGCAAAGAAGCCGUGUCCAAGGAGGACGGGAAGGAGAGCACCAGCUCCGAGUGCAAACUGACCCCCACCGAGGAGGCUCGCAUGGUGGGGAAGGACCCCAGACCCAGCGUCCACGUCCCUGUGUCUUCACCCCUCACGCAGCAUCAGUCCUACAUCCCCUACAUGCACGGCUACUCCUACAGCCAGUCGUACGACCCCAACCACCCCAGCUACCGGGCCAUGCCCACCGUCAUGAUGCAGAAUUACCCAGGAUCAUACCUACCCUCCAGCUAUUCCUUCUCCCCCUACGGGAGCAAGGCGUCCGGCAGUGACGACAGCGACAAGUCCCGAGCCAGCCCCAGCGUGAGUUGUAAAUCCAGCUCAGAGUCCAAGGCCCUGGACAUCCUGCAGCAGCACGCCAGCCAUUACAAGAGCAAAUCGCCCACGGUGAGAGUCAGGAAGGCGCUGGCUUUAUCCAGCUCCGUGCAUGAGCUUCGGGAUGGUCCCUGGAUCCUAUAA